AUCAUUGAUGGAUGCUUUUCAGAAAACUAAAUUUGGUACACGUUGCGCUUAUCUUGUUUUCUUAUCAGAGAAGGGGUAUAUUCGUGAAUCACACCAGCUACAUACAUCAAUUGCUAGUGAAUGCAAAAUCGAUGUAGGCCUCAAAGUUGUAUACUCUUCACUAUUGCAAGUACAGCCAAGGGACCAACAAAAAAGGACCAUGCAUGCCAAAAGUAGGCCUGUAUGGCCUAUUAAUGCCGCCACCCAAACGUUACUUUUAGUCGACAAUGUGCAGAGCAAGGUACAACGGUGCUAAGACAGGACUGAAUGUGAAAUUUUAAGUUAACAUUCCUUGUUGCUGCUUUUGUUGUCAAUGUCCCCAAUGUUUUUGGCUGCCGUCGAAGAUUAUUAUUAGAGAUUUUUUCGCAAAUAAUUGGACAAUCUGUCUUUCAGAAAAGUCAAACGAACAAGCCGAAAACUAAAAAUGGGAAAAAUUAAUGCCAGUUACCGUGGCAACGUUCCUCCCCCUCUUGCUUAUCGGCUGAUUAUGAACGUAAUUCUGUCGCACAAAUGUAAAUAAAAAGGCAACCUUUACCGCUAAGGUUACUCAUUCACCUGAAUAUUUCCAGACCUUUCACUGUUGAGUGGAGGUUAUCUAACAGAAAGGCUCUCAUUGUGUUGUUGACCUUGUUGACACGGCUGAGCCGAGAACCGUAGCCGCAUAAAACCCUGAGUACCAGGAAAAUCUAAUACAGGAAAGGUUAACACAGGUUUCAUUCAAGUGUGGUUAGCCACGUGGUUGCAUCUACGCUCGUUGAAGUUGCUGAUUCCCUGAUUCGAACCAUUUUAACUGCCAGACAGACUGGGUGGGUUGAUCAGUGUUUGAACCUCGUGUCUCUUCAAGCUUCUCGCACGUGGCUGAGUUGACAUUGAUGGGCAAUCUCUGUUCCUUGCUCUCUGUGGUUCAGUUCAGCUCGACUUCCGUGGCUUCUCAUGCAAGAAUCCAAUCUGUAAGUAUGCAGUUCCCAGUUCGCCCUAACACCUGUCUCUUUGUGUGAGCUUUGUGUGUGGGCAGUCAUCAACAUCCAGCCCGAGAGCUAAGUGUAAGCAUAGAGCAAGGGCAAGAGGGUACAUGACAACAUGGGAUUCAAGACAGUAAUCGGCAUUGUUUUUGUUGCAGUCAUUGUAACUGUGCUGGUAGGCAUUCCAAAAUCUCCUAGAACAAUUCCACCUGCUAACCCUGAUGAUCCUGAACGUCUCAGAGAGGGUGUUGUCAAGAAAGUUCUCAUUAUUGGUGGGGGCCUUGCUGGAAUGUCUGCAGCUUUGGACCUGGCAGAGCGCGGGUACCAGGUGACGUUGCAUGAAGCGGAUAGUGCCUUAGGUGGGGUCUACCUACAAUCCAAGCCAGUACAGAAACUUGGUCAGACGUUCAUCGUUGACAGAGGAAUGCAAGCCUGGUUCCACAAUUUCCACAAUGCCUGGGACAUGAUCCGCCGACUCGGAGUUGAAGACAACUUCCGACGGUGGGAGGCCCAUGACGUGGUCUACAGGAACUACAAGCCUGAGCGGAUGUACAGUCAUGGGAUAUUCCCACUCAAUCUUGCUGGCAUGAUCUUCCGUAGCCCCAACCUCAACCUCCUGGAGAUCCUGCUCUGGCUGCGCUGCGCCUGGGAUUUCAUCAACUACAACCACGACACCAACUUCAAGAGAUGGGACUCUAUCUCCUUCGAUGAGUACAUGGACAUGUUUGACAUCCACCGAGGUUUCUAUGACAUCGUCCUGGAGCCAGGCAUGAAAGCAAGCUACCAGGACAAGUCCACGUUCAGCGCUGCUGAGAUGUUCCUCUUCUCUCACAUGUUCUACGUUAGCAACCCUCAGGCUGAUUACCGAGACAUUGCUAAGAUGAACCAAGCAACAGCUAUCAUCAACCCAUGGGCUGACAAGCUACGAUCUCUGGGUGUCAAGAUUGAAAUGGAAUCAGCUGUUGAAAGUCUCAUAUUUGAUAAAAAGGGCAAAAUUGUUACAGACUCCAAACACCCAUCGGAACAUUAUGAUCAUGUCAUCUUAGCAGCAGGCCUCAACAGCACUAAAACAAUCCUCAGGAAUUCUCUCAAGCUCCUUGAUGAUUCUAAGGACAAAUCCACCCACAACCGUCUGAGCAAGGUCCUUGAAAAACACCUCAUGAAGUUGCCCCUGGCACCGCCCUUUAAGGUCCUGACGGUGUGGUUCGAUAAACGCCUUGAGAGCAAAUACAACCCAGACAUCGUUCAGACCCCGAGCUUUCCACCAAUUACUAUCAUCACUCAGUAUCACAAGAUCAGGGAGGAUUAUGCCCAGUGGGCCAAUCAGAGCGGAGGAUCUGUCCUGGCAUUCCUAAUGUUCGCCUGGGAACACGGGGAGGUGGCGGACGACAAGUUGUGGAACUUCAUAGCCCCAACCGUGAGGGAGAUCUUUCCGGAAAUCUUCCAGAGGGGGUUCAAAGUUCUUGCGUAUCAUGUCGACGGUUCGGCAACCUACCCAUCUUACGAGAAGGGAUUGGCAAAAUAUCGGCCGACUGUAACCUUCCCAAAAGAGUGUGGCUUUCCAAAUCUUCUCUUUGCAGGUAAUUGGCUCCAUGCCAACUACCCUACAGCACUAAUAGAGCGGCCCAUAGCAACCGGGCGGGAAGCCGCCAAUCAGAUUCUUUUAUCUGACCACGUGAGGCAGUCCUCCCUAAUUGUGACAGACUCCCAUGGCCCGGGAUUUUUUCAAUACAUGUAGCAGAAUUCAUGUAAGUGAAUUUAAUUUUGAACAAUUUUUACGCCUGUAGAUAUUCUAAUGAAGUAAUGUAUACCGUAGAGGUUUUGGACAUUUUUGCAAGUGUUUUCCUUUUAUGUUGUGGAUAUUUUCCAGAUUUCCUCAAUAGCACAGAAACUUUUUGGAGGUGUGAAAGGGAAUUACAAACUCCUUUUAGUGUGAAGUUGUUUUGAAACCGAUGUGGUUAGUUGAUCUUGCCAAAAUUUGACUAGUUUAGCCUACAAGUGUUUUUAAGUGUUCACUAACGUCAGUCUCUCGUUCGUAUUACACGUAUUUCCAUAAAACUAAGUAUUGUGAAAUUUCUCCUGCCUUAAGGGAAAAUAAAGCAUAGAACAUUAAA